GUGGCGAAUCAGUUUAAGAGCAGCCUGCUGAAGCUGACAGAGAUCCUGAUGGCUAAAGAGGCCUGGUACAUACGCUGUCUCAAAUCCAAUGAGUCCAAGCAGCCAGGUCAGUUUGAUGAAGCGCUGAUCAGGCACCAGGUGAAGUACCUGGGCUUGAUGGAGCACCUCAGAGUCAGGCGAGCUGGUUUUGCGUACAGACGCAGAUAUGAGGUCUUCUUAAAGAGAUAUAAACCCCUAUGCCCGGCCACGUGGCCUCACUGGAGAGGAAUGCCUGCUGAUGGAGUGGAAGUGCUGGUUCAACAUCUGGGCUACUUGCCAGAUGAGUACAAAAUGGGACGUACCAAAAUAUUCAUCCGUCAUCCGAGGACACUUUAUGCCACAGAGGACGCUUAUGAGAAAUGUAAACAUGAACUGGCAACGAGGCUCCAGGCCAAAUACAAAGGAUACAGAGCAAAAGGAGAAUUCAAAAAACAGAAAGAAGCUGCCACAAAGAUUGAAACCUGCUGGAGAGGAGUGCAGGCCAGGAAGGAGAGAGAGAAGAGAGCCUGGGCUGUGAAAGUCAUCAAGAAAUUCAUCAAAGGUUACAUGACCAGAGGGCAAGCGAAAAGCACAGAUAACUCCGAGUAUCUGGCCUUUGUGAGACAGAAUUACUUGAACAGGCUCAAAGCCAACCUGCCAAAGACGGUUUUGGAUAAAACCACGUGGCAAACUCCACCAGCUGUGUUGACAGAGACAUCAGAGUUACUGCGUAAGCUUCACUACCGUCUCAUGGUGCGAAAGUACGUGAGAGGAAUCACACCUCAGAAAAAAGCACAGCUUCAACUGAAGCUUCUCACCAGCUCCAUCUUCAAGGGCAAAAAGGACAGUUACCCACAGAGUGUCGCUCAACCUUUUGUGGACACCAGAAUCAGUGAACAAGACAUAAACAUGAGGGUUCUCCAGAUGAUUCGCAAUGAGCACAUCAAGUACAGCGUCCCGGUGAUUAAAUAUGACAGAAAUGGUUUUAAACCAAGACCUCGUCAGCUCAUCCUCACACAGGCGGCUGCAUAUGUGAUAGAAGAAGCUAAGAUAAAACAAAGAGUGCUGUACACGUCUCUCAAAGGUAUUUCGGUCAGUAACUUGACUGAUAGCAUUGUUGUAUUCCACAUAACAUGUGAGGACCCUAAACAGAAG